AUGAGGAGGAUAGAGAACCUGGCCAGCCGGCAGGUGACCUUUUCCAAGCACCGGAGAGGCCUUCUGAAGAAGGCCUUUGAGCUCUCCGUGCUCUGCGAUGCCGAGCACCAAAUGUCAAGUAUUCCCCAAGUUUCUGUUUCAAAUCUCAAAGGAAAAAUAGUGGCUUUGUACAUCUCAUGCAAUAGGGAUUAUUGCAGUGAGUUCUCUCCAAUACUCGCACAAAUCUAUAAGAAGCUCAAGGAAUUGGAGAGAGCUUUGAGAUUUAAUGAACUUAUUAAAGAGUAUGAAUUUGAGGCAUGGGAAGCAUUCCCGUUUUCUCAGGAGAAGUUGCAUGAGUUGUCAGAAAAAGUAAAGGCUAGACUUGAGUCACAGACACUCGAGUCACUUCUUGUUUCAGAUGAUCUUGAUUAUGUUGGAUUGAAGAAUGUUCACCAUGCUGGUCAACCAAUGCCUGGUGAGGAGCAAGAAGAUAUAGUCAUAACCAGUACCCAGAAUAACUUAUUAAAUAUGAAGUGCCCUUUGACAGGAAAGCCUGUUACAGAAUUGCAAAAUCCUGUCCGCUGCAGGAUGGGCUGCAAGCAUAUUUAUGAGAAGGAACCAGUAAUCCACUACAUAAGCACAAAGAAACCACAUCCUCGAUGCCCAGUUGCAGGUUGCCCAAAAAUUCUCCAAGUUGGACGGGUUGUAUGCGACGCUUUGCUUAUAAUAGAAAUUGAUGAAAUGCGUUUGUUAAAAGGGAAAAAGUACACUUACCACAUUGAACACAACAGGGGCCUCUUUACCCGGAGACAAAUUCAUGUUCAGAAACAGAUACUGAGACAAAUCAAAUUAAUAGAUGUGUAA